CCCACCCCUGCUCCUUCCACCACCCCUGCUACCACACCCCUGCUCCUUCCACCACCACCGCACACACGGCACACCUCCCCUGCUCCCUUAAUCCUUCCACCACCCAGCCGCCGCCCAGCCCUAGCCCCUUGCCCACGACCCCUCGCCCACGACGACCCUGCUCCACCACCAAGAGUCGCCGUCCCUGCUCCAGCUCGACGCGAAUUGAUUUGAGACACGGUUCCCUCCCCUGCGACGACGGUUCCCUCCCCUGCGACGACCCUGCACAACCACCAAAAUCGACGCGAAUUGAUAUGAGACACGACCCUGCUCCGGUCGUUCGUUGACUUGAUUGGGCACGAAUUGGUUGUAGGAUGCCGCCGAAGAGGUCGGAAAGGGGGUCGCCGGGCAAAGCUCCUCCUCCUACACGGUUGCGUUUGAGAAUUGGGAAGGGCGCUCCAAUGGGCCCGCCGUCCCAGCCUCCGCCUGCUUCGCUCAUGCAAGAGAGUUCACUUAGCUAUGAUGUUGAUAAUGUCGUUGACGGUUCUGGAGCUAGGCAUACCCGAAGUCGUUGUAUAAAUGCUUCAAUUAGAAGGGAGAGAGGUGGGUUUGGAUUGGAUGAGGAGGAGGAGAACAUGACUACAGUUGUGGAUACGGCUUUAGGAGGCGCUUCGCCACCAACGCAGAUGCUUUACUCUCCACAUCGUUCGUUGGGUUACUCGCCACCUCGUCCGAUAAUAUUAAAUAACGUACAUUCAAUUCAUAAUUUAAACACCAUUUUCUUAAUUUUGCACAUGAAAUUAAAUUACAAAAAUUAAUAACUGCAUACAUAAUUACAUAUAUUUAAAAAUGUUAUAUUAUAAGCCGUUAUUAAUUACACAUUAUCAUUUA